AGUGCGCAGGCGCGGCCGACGGGUUUCCCGGGCUACAGUAGGCGCUGCUGCCUGCUUGUCUGCUGCCGGCUAGUCAGCCACUCUGCGCCAUGGCGGGCUGCGCGGCGCGGGUUCCGCCGGGCUCUGAGGCACGCCUCAGCCUCGCCACCUUCCUGCUGGGCGCCUCUGUGCUCGCACUGCCUUUGCUCACGCGCGCCGGCCUGCAGGGCCGCACCGGGCUGGCGCUCUAUGUGGCCGGGCUCAAUGCAUUGCUGCUGCUGCUCUACCGGCCGCCACGCUACCAGAUAGCCAUCCGAGCUUGUUUCCUUGGCUUUGUGUUUGGCUGCGGUGUGCUGCUAAGUUUUAGCCAGUCUUCUUGGAAUCACUUUGGCUGGUAUGUGUGCUCACUGUCAUUAUUCCACUAUUCCGAAUACUUAGUGACAGCUGUCAAUAAUCCCAAAAGUCUGUCCUUGGACUCCUUUCUCCUGAAUCACAGUCUGGAGUACACAGUGGCUGCUCUUUCUUCUUGGAUAGAGUUCACACUUGAAAAUAUCUUUUGGCCAGAACUGAAGCAGAUUACCUGGCUCAGUGCCACAGGGCUGCUGAUGGUGGUCUUUGGAGAAUGCCUGAGGAAAGCUGCCAUGUUUACAGCUGGCUCCAAUUUCAACCAUGUGGUACAGAAUGAAAAGUCAGAUACCCACACUCUUGUGACAAGUGGGGUAUAUGCUUGGUUCCGGCACCCUUCCUACGUGGGGUGGUUUUACUGGAGUAUUGGAACCCAGGUGAUGCUGUGUAACCCCAUCUGUGGCGUUGUCUAUGCCCUGACGGUUUGGCGCUUCUUCCGUGACCGAACAGAAGAAGAAGAAAUCUCACUGAUUCACUUUUUUGGAGAGGACUACCUGGAGUAUAAGAAGAGGGUGCCCACUGGCCUACCUUUCAUAAAGGGAGUCAAAGUAGAGCUAUGAUGGGUGGGGGCCUGGUGGGACCGAGGGGCCUCUGACCCUACACAGCCUGGGACAAAACUGCUUCCGGUCAGCCACUGCAGAAUGAAUUUUCUUAGUCAUUUUAUAUAUCACUAAUUACUUUUCUGGAAUGUUACCCAAGACCAAAUGGUCAGAAGGCCUUAGGACCAAAGGACCCACCGGGCAAUCUAUUCUUGUGCUGAAUCAAGGUAGGACAUAGAUUAAAGAUCAAGGAGCAGAUCACAGCAAUAUUCAUCAGUGCCCCUUCCAAAGUGACUUGGUGAGAACCCAGGCCACAUCCAGUGCCCCCGAAGCACGAGUAUGUUUGCAUUGUGACCAGGACUCCUCAGGAUAGGUGAGCAGAGAUGAGCACUGCUCUCUGCAGUGCUUCUGCUGCAGAAAGGGUGGUGGUAUCGCCACUAUCAGCAUUGAAAACGCAUCAAAACCUUUAACCGAAAAACCCAGCAGUACAGCUUUAACCUUUUUAUUCUGCCCUUGAGUGCAUGAACACCUGUAAUUCUAAUGAGACUUCCUUCUCCAGCUCUUUGGCUCUUCAAAUAUUUAAUCCUGUUUACACAUCUAUCUCAUAAGCAGCAUAAAUUCAAAGGGACUCAGUUGGUGUUUUCAACUCCAGCUUUUAUUUGGCAGGGAUUGUAGGUCCCUGUGCUCUCCUGGCGUCAGCCUCCUGCUGUCCUCCCGAUAUUCAAGAAGUGCUUUCUGAAUGCCUGCUGCACGCAAGGCUAAAUGUUGAGAAACAACUGCUGUCCAUUUCUUUGGGAUUUUUACUCUCAUUUUACCAUAGCUGUAUGUUUGUGUUUCAGCAUAAAUCUAUCAAACAUUUUCUGUGUUCUCAAGA